GAGGACCGAGACUGGAACGAUUUUCCUUCACGCUUGGCAUGAGAACCGAACAGAACCCGUUUUCUGCGGAGCUGGCGGCGAUGGCAUACGCAUUGAGGCACUUACCUGGCCUGAGAUACCGAAGUGUGGCACUGUUAACGAGCAACAAAGCUGCCGUGCUUACGAUCCGAAACCCCCGCCAACAAUCCGGCCAAGAGUAUGUUGGAUGCAUAUACAACUCUAUUGAUACGUUAAAGGCCAAUGGAAAUUCAGUAACUGUCAUAUAGGUGCCCACCAGUACUAAACACAAGCUCCUGAAGACUGCUAAAGAAGAGGCACGGGAUACAACCCGAGACGGUGCCAUCCCGGCUCUGAAGUUUCCCAGAAUGCGAUCGACGAC